UAUUAUUUCAUUUCAGAAUUAAAGUUACCCAGUCGAGGUCUUGUUUUUUGUAGGUUAGUUGUUUCGACCAUCAAAAAUAUGAUUUUGCUGAUGUGCUUAUGGCAUCGCAGUUCGACUCAAACAUUAUUCUGUUUGUUUGCUUGGCCAAUAUUGCAUUAUUUUUUCAUGUUUUGUCUAAGCCAUAUCAGCGUGACUGCUCAUGUUAGUGGAUGUUGCCAGAAACCAGGAUCGCGAGUUGUGAAACCGUGCAAGAAGCGGAUGAGAGAUGUAGUACGUACGUUGCUUACAUUUACUCAUUCAAUGGUUGUUCCACUGUGGAGUGCGAUGCUGUUGGGUUCUCAUCAAUUUGACGUAGAAUCAAACUCUGUGCUGCAACUUCAGUCACUAAGCUUUCAUAUCUACGCCUUAUAUUGGAAUCUUGCGGAUUUUACUGGCAGUGGUCGCUCAUCCGAUAUGAACGAAAAACCAAGAUACACAAAGAAAACUGUCGCUCUGCACAUAUUACAUAAUGUGUUUUGCGCAGUAGGAAUCUUCUUGAAUUUAAGAACUGUUUCGCGAGAAAUGCAUGGCUGGCGGAACUCAGUUAUGGACCUCAUGGAUUUAAGCAUGACAUGGAAAAGUCCAUCGAGUACUCAAAGACGAGUGUUAUCUCACCAUUUGCUGGCGAAAACAUCUGUACUAAGCUGGGUGAUGACUGCACAACUGCUAGUACACGAAAGUCCAAAUAUUUUCUAUUACCUGCUUGCCUUGCUACGGAUGUCACCGUCUAGAAAUGUUGGAUUUCAAGCAAACACGUGGACGCCUACAUUGGGAGAUCACAAAACAAAUUACGAAAGGGCUGCUUCACUUGGUGCCGCCGCAUGGUUGCGCGAGAGAGGGGGUUCAACUGGGCCGGUGGUUUCGGGAACAACACAAGCCAGCGGAAGAGAAGGACGUAUUAGAACAGCACACUUUCUCAGCUUUGCCGGAAUUCGAAUUGUGGGUGGAUUCAUAGCUCUGCGUAAAAUAUUGAUCAUCGGAGAAGUAGUUAAAGAUACACUCUACUUGUCAACAAUAUUGCUGCAUUACGCGCUUGCGUUGUAUAUGUUUGGAGGUGUUGUUACUUUUGCAACAAAACGGAUGACACGAUCUUCAUCUGGCGACAUGCCCGUAAAAAGCAUUUCUUGGAGAAUGAUGACGUCAGUUAAUGAUGAAUGGUUACGUUAAUAAUUAUGAAAAGUUAAAUAAAGAAUAAAUUACACAAAUA